CCUCCCCUCCCCGGGUCCAGCCUCGGUGCAGCCGCCGUCGCCGCAGCCGUCACCGGCCCGGGUCGGUGCACGGGGACCCCGCCGGUGCCCUCCCCACAGCAUGGUCCCCUCGGGGCGGAACUAGCCGGGGGCAGCGCCCGGGGCAGCGGAGCCCGGGGGGGUGGGGCGGCCGCAGCAGCGGUCAUGGAUGCGAGCAAGAUGACCGUCAGCAUCAAUAAGGCCAUUAAUACGCAGGAAGUGGCAGUGAAGGAGAAACACGCCAGAACAUGUAUCCUGGGCACCCACCACGAGAAAGGGGCGCAGACCUUCUGGUCAGUCGUCAGCCGGCUACCGCUGUCCAGCCACGCCGUGCUCUGCUGGAAGUUCUGCCACGUGUUCCACAAGCUCCUGCGAGACGGCCACCCCCACGUCCUGAAGGACUCGCUGAGAUACAAGAAUGAACUGAGCGACAUGAGCAGGAUGUGGGGCCACCUGAGUGAGGGCUACGGACAGCUAUGCAGCAUCUACCUCAAACUGCUGAGAACCAAGAUGGAGUUCCACACCAAAAAUCCCAGGUUCCCAGGCAACCUUCAGAUGAGUGACCGGCAGCUGGACGAGGCUGGAGAGAGUGACGUGAACAACUUUUUCCAGUUAACAGUGGAGAUGUUUGACUACCUGGAGUGUGAGCUAAACCUCUUCCAAACUGUGUUCAACUCCCUGGACAUGUCCCGCUCUGUGUCGGUGACCACGGCCGGGCAGUGCCGCCUGGCCCCGCUGAUCCAGGUCAUACUGGACUGCAGCCACCUGUACGACUACACGGUCAAGCUUCUCUUCAAGCUCCACUCCUGUCUCCCAGCUGACACCCUGCAAGGCCACCGGGACCGCUUCAUGGAGCAGUUCACCAAGUUGAAAGACCUGUUCUACCGCUCCAGCAAUCUGCAGUACUUCAAGCGGCUCUUUCAGAUCCCCCAGCUGCCCGAGAACCCACCCAACUUCCUGCGAGCCUCAGCCCUGUCGGAGCACAUCAGCCCCGUGGUGGUGAUCCCCGCCGAGGCGUCGUCCCCCGACAGCGAGCCCGUCUCGGAGAAGGAUGACCUCAUGGACAUGGACGCCUCCCAGCAGAAUCUGUUCGACAACAAGUUCGAUGACAUCUUCGGCAGCUCGUUCAGCAGUGACCCCUUCAAUUUCAACAGUCAGAAUGGCGUGAACAAGGAUGAGAAGGACCAUUUGAUCGAGCGACUGUACCGAGAGAUCAGUGGGCUGAAGGCACAGCUGGAAAGUACAAAGGCUGAGGGCCAGCGGGCCGUGCUGCAGCUGAAGGGCCGUCUCAGCGAGCUGGAGGCCGAGCUGGCCGAGCAGCGGCACCUGCGGCAGCAGGCGGCGGACGACGGCGAGUUCCUCCGGGCCGAGCUGGACGAGCUCAAGAAGCAGCGGGAAGACACGGAGAAGGCACAGCGCAGCCUGACGGAGAUCGAGAGGAAGGCUCAGGCCAAUGAGCAGCGGUACAGCAAGCUCAAGGAGAAGUACAGCGAGCUGGUCCAGAACCACGCCGACCUGCUGCGCAAGAAUGCAGAGGUGACCAAACAGGUGUCCGUGGCCAGACAAGCGCAGGUGGAUUUGGAACGAGAGAAAAAAGAACUGGAGGAUUCCUUCGAGCGUGUGAGUGACCAGACCCAGCGGAAGACUGAAGAGCAGCAGGAGCUCCUGGAGAGCUUGAAGCAAGAACUCGCCACCAGCAAACAGGAGCUGCAGGUGCUCCAGAGUAGCCUGGAGGCCUCGGCCCAGUCAGAAGCAACCAGGGCGGCGCAGAUCACCGAGCUGGAGACGGAGCGGGACAGCUUGGUGAGCGCCGCCACGCGGCGGGAGGAGGAAUUUUCCUCGCUUCGGAAACAGCUGGAGGACACCCAGCUCAAGCUGGCUGGCGCUCAGGAAGCUGUGUGCCAGUUUGCAAAGGAACAACGGAAAAUGCUUCUGGAGGGGUCCAGGAAGGCCGCGGAGCAGGUGAUCUGGGAGGCCCUGAGCCAGCUGGAAGAACCCACUCUCAUCAGCUGUGCCGGCUCUGCAGAUCACCUCCUCUCCAAGGUCAAGUCUGUUUCCAGCUGCACCGAGCAACUGGAAAAGAGCCGCAGCCAGUAUCUGGCCUGUCCGGAAGACAUCAGCGAGUUUCUCCACUCCAUCACCCUGCUGGCCCACCUGACCAGCGACACCAUCGUUCAUGGCAGCACCACCAGCCUCCGCGCCCCGCCAGAGCCUGCUGACUCGCUGACAGAGGCCUGCAAGCAGUACGGCAGGGAGACCCUCAUCUACCUGGCCGCCCUGGACGGGGAGGGGGCCCUCGAGAGUGCCGACAGCACCGCCAUGAGGAGCUGCCUGAGCAAGAUCAAGGCCAUCGGCGAGGAGCUCCUGCCCAGGGGCCUGGACAUCAAACAGGAGGAGCUUGGGGACCUGGUGGACAAGGAGAUGGCUGCCACUUCUGCGGCCAUCGAGGCCGCCACAGCCAGGAUAGAGGAAAUGCUGAGCAAAUCCCGCGCAGGAGACACAGGCGUGAAGCUGGAGGUGAACGAGAGGAUCCUCGGCUCCUGUACCGGCCUGAUGCAAGCCAUUCAGGUCCUGAUUGUGGCCUCCAAGGACCUCCAGAGGGAGAUUGUAGAGAGCGGCCGGGGCACUGCGUCCCCUAAGGAAUUUUAUGCCAAGAACUCUCGCUGGACAGAAGGGCUCAUCUCAGCCUCCAAAGCGGUGGGCUGGGGAGCCACCGUCAUGGUGGACGCAGCUGACCUGGUGGUGCAAGGCAGAGGGAAAUUCGAGGAGCUCAUGGUGUGUUCACGCGAAAUUGCUGCUAGCACAGCCCAGCUGGUGGCUGCAUCCAAGGUGAAAGCCGAUAAGGACAGCCCCAACCUAGCCCAGCUGCAGCAGGCGUCUCGGGGAGUGAGCCAGGCCACCGCCGGGGUCGUGGCCUCAACCAUUUCGGGCAAAUCGCAGAUCGAGGAGACAGACAGUAUGGACUUCUCAAGCAUGACCCUGACCCAGAUCAAACGUCAGGAGAUGGACUCCCAGGUCAGGGUGCUGGAGCUGGAGAAUGACCUGCAGAAGGAGCGUCAGAAGCUGGGAGAGCUUCGGAAAAAGCACUAUGAACUUGCAGGUGUCGCCGAGGGCUGGGAAGAAGGAACAGAAGCGUCUCCACCUACCCCGCAGGACGCAGCGACCGAGAAAGACUAGAGCCCGCCCAGCGCCCCGUAACGUCAGAGUGUAAAUCCUCGUGACCCUUCUGUGCGUGUGUCAUUGCCCCCGCCACAGACCCCAACCCCUGGACACCCCGCUGCCCAGUGCUGAGGGCCCGCCCCUUGCAAAGGCGCCCCGCACCCUGACACCCUCUCUGUGCAAACCUGCCACCCGCGUCCCGAGUGUCCGGGCCAGCCUGUGCAAGCCAGGGAGCAAGCCCAGGUCCAAAGAGGUGGGCACACGCGGCUCCCGGGCAGCCAGCGCCCCUCUGGUUGAACCCCGCAGUGGUCAGCAGCCUCCUUCCAGGGUGCACGUGUGGCCAGCGUGGCAAGGGGAGAGCCCACGCCUUUCCUUUUCUGUGUGUAUGUGUAUAUGUGUGUGG